GAUACGUAAUUGCUAAAUUUAUUUUAAUUUUCAAAGUAUAUCUAUUCUGUUUAUUAACUAAAAUUUAUGAGUUUUCAAGAAAAGAAGUAGGGGUGUCCGAUGAACCAAGAUGAGCUAUUCAAGGAGACUCAUAUUGUAAAGAAGAAGAAAGAGACGGAUCAAGAAAGGUGGAUCGAGGGCCGAGCCUCGACUGUACAUGGUCGCUUCACAGCUGAAGUGGAGGAAUUCAUACGCAGUCAACCACCUAAUGAGUCAGGCGAGCCAAUCCAACCUUCAGACGAGGAUGCUGAAAGAAUGUGGACGGAGACUGCUGGCGGUCCAAAAUGGGGGAAGGUAUGCGGGCUUCUUACUAAGAAAUUCCAUCGCUAUAAGUGUGGAAUGCAAGGAAUAGGGACUUCCUCGCAAGCUGAGCAACUUGAUGGGGAGAUCCUCUCCGCUAUGUGGGAGACUAUGACAAAGCUCACAUCCGAGCUAGAAGCGGCCAAGGAAAGAGAAAAGCUUAGAGAUGCUUAGUACAUUGGCAUGCAAGCUCAGUUCCAGGGCAUGCAAGAGCAGCUCAAAUCUCUCCUAGCUUCUGGAGGUUUUCCGAUUCCCCGGUCUCGUGAGUCAUCGCCAGAGGCUCAACUUCCCCGUGCUCGUUCCUCCCGUCCUCCCCGUGAUCGUUCUUCCUAUCCUCGACAAGUAGACCCUUCUGGAUACCGUCUUAGUGAUGAAAGUUCGUCAGACGGUGAUGAUAAUGAUGUACAAAACACUCCUUGACUUUUAUACACUUUGAACUAGACAAAUAGAACCGG